AUGGAGGUGUUCAGAGGUGACAUCCGCCGAAACUUGUCUCCUGAAUGGGUUGAAUUAUCUGGUUGUUCAAGAAGAAAUUCAUCAUCUCCUCCAGCUGCAAAUGAAUCAGCUCAUGUCAACUUGACCCGAGUACACAAUAUUCAAGUGGUGGACUCCCUCACCUCGGAGACCUACAGGAUUCCUGAACGGCUCGACGUCGGACUAUUCCAAUGGAUUUUGGGAUUGAAGGUUGCAAGGCCCAACCCGGCUGCUGUCGUGCUCCGUAACGCUUUGCGUUUUGGAGAAUGCUGGCCCAUGGACGGCCCAUCUGGCCACCUUGGUCUGCAGCUCGUGCAAGCCAUGCAUAUUGCCAAAAUCAUAGUCAGACACGUGCCAUUAGAGAUGGCUGAGGACAUCAGAACAGCGCCUCGAAUGGCGAUUCUGUGGGGGUUGUCGGAAGAAAUUACUGUGCUGCCCACGGAGCAUCCCUCGCGUGCAACGCAUAUUUCGACUUUACCAGCGCGGUUGUCGCUUGCUAAUGGCACUCAGAUGCUCCCCCUUGCAUUCAUCAACUACGACAUCCACUCGUCAUCAUAUACACAGACUUUCGAUACCGAUGUUCGCUAUCAGCAUAAAACAUUCAAGCUGGUUGUGCUGGAGAUCCUGGAUAAUUGGGGGGUGGAAGAUCUCACUUGUUUGUAUCGUAUUCACUUGGUGGGAUGGAUGUGA